AGAAGUUGGAUCCGCCGAAACGGGUGACGACACUUCCGGUUGUUUAUUUUUAUUUUUUCCUUAGCGAUGGCGGACAAACCUAAACACAGGCCUCCUCAUGGCAUGGAGCCGUAUGAUCUCGGAGGAGACAAUAAUCUGGGUGCUUUGAGUCAGGAACAACAAGAAAAGCUCAAUAAGUUCAAGAUCAAGACACGUAUGGAAAAUGAAAAGUAUCUAAGAGACCACCCUGAAGUAGAAUGUCUCAUUGCCAGUUUUCUAGGUGAUGUUCUAAGUCAACGACCAGACCACAUCAAAGAUUUUGCAGCAGAAUACUUCACCAAUCCUGAACUCCCGGAACAACUCCAACAGCAGUUACAGCUCAGACAAACUCGUAUAAAACAGAACCGUGUUCUUCAGAAAAUUUGAAGUGUUUUGCUUGUUGUAAAUAGUUUUAGUUUGUAUACAUACCAGUUGUCUACACUGUUUCUGUUUUAUAUGUGUAAAUAAAAUUGUAGAAUCUCU